CAAGCCCGGCUCGCAUCUCGACUCGCAUCUCGACUCUGGCCCGCAUCGUGGACUUCAGCACCAUCACCAUCGCAAUCUUCCUGCCGGCCGUUCGUGAUGGGUGCAUCGAGCCUGUCUGCUCCCACAGUCCAUCUUUCUUGGCUUCCGGCCGACCGAUCCGCUGUCGCUCUCCAGAGCUACCUCCACACCAGCGAAGACGAGCUGCCAACAUCGCUCCCGCCGCCCUUCAGGGCGCAUCCUGCGGAUUCCCAGGCUGUCGACAGCUCGGUCGAGGAUAGCUCGCUCCAGCCAGAUCCAGCCGCCCUGGUCUGCGCCUAUCCAUCGCCCGUGUCCUUGAACUCGAUCGAGGUCAUCUGCAACGCCCGGCACCUGGAGCUCUAUCUGGACGACGAGUACUAUGAGACCUUUGAGGGCGCGCUGCUGGACGACGACGAGUUGAUCUUCUUGUUUGAGAUGAACGAGCUCGAGCAGACCCAGAGAAUCGCCAACAUCCGCCAGGUCAAAGUCAAGUUCGCUUCCUUGCCCAAGCAACAGAAGAGCCUGCUCCGGCUCUAUUCGUUCACCGUCCUGGCCGACCCGAACAGCGAGCUCGGGGAACAUUCUGCAGCAAGAGAUCAGCCACACGCACAGGCCUCUCCCGACCGCUUGAACCAGGACCACUCUCACGACGAAGCAGAGAACGACUUCGACAUGCAGUCGCUCUACGCCUCAUUGCUCUUACAACAGGGAAAGCUGUCGACUGGUGGUCAGCCCGCCAUUGCGACGAAUGCAUCCAUCGGCUCCCAACCACCGCACCCACUCUCAGGUCCAACCCAAUCGGCCGUUUAUGACCCCGCUCACAGCGACGCCAAGGCACUUGGUCAGCAUUUGAUGGAGCAAAUGGAUCGCCGACUGGGACAGCUCACAUUAGAGAUGCAGAGCCGCAUGAAUCGAAUCGAGUCCAAGCUCGAUCUCAUUUUGAGGAGAAUGGAACAGCAACAGCAGCGGCCAGAACAUGUUCAUCCACACCAAAUACCAGGGAGCUCUGAAACGAGCUAGUCGCUACGGGGCCAUGGUCCGGUACUGUGCAAGGGCCUUUUCCAGUGGCAUCCGCACCGAUUCGACAAGCUGCAUGGGUAGGAGUUGCCGAUGUAAGCAAAGGAGUUUCGGGUGAUGGGGUCACAAGCAGUGAUACUUCAGUAACAGGUGGGGCGAAGACGGCAGCGACGAGCCGCACUCACCUGCUGGAUUGUCUCGCUUUUCGAAUAAACCUGGGUAUUCAAAAUGCCCUGGCGCCGCUCCAGUUCCUUUGCGAGCUUUUCAAGCUUGGAGCGGCCGUCCUUGACGCCGUUCUUGGAGAGAUAUUGCACCGUCAACCAAAAGUGGCGGAGAAUCUCGUUGAUGGACAAAAGAAGCUCGGUGGCCUCGGCGAUCUGAGGAGUCGGAUGUCCAUUCAGCCGUUGAUC